AUGUCCUCCUCGUCGCGCAAGAUCUCCUCGGAGUCUUUCAGCAGCUCGGUGGGCUCCGAUUGCGGGCUAGAAAGCCCCGGGGGGGAUGGAGGAGACACGGGGCUGGAGGCGGCCGAGGAGCUCCGAGGAUGCCCCUUCUCGUCCUUCCACAGACCGCUCCUCUGGAACGGCCGCAGCCCAGCCGAGAGGCUGGCGUGCCCAGCGGGUGAGGAGCAGUCGGGAGUCGUCGGGCCACACAAGAGGGUGACCAGGAGGAGAAGGGUUAACCUGGACUCGCUUGGGGAGAGCCUGAGGCGGCUGACAUCACCCACGACACAGACUGUUCAAGAGGCUUUGGAGAGGACUCUGAAGUUUUACAGGCAACAAGAAAUCAGGUGUCCGGAUUCUGGUAAGGAGGACCUGAAAAGUGAAAGCCAAGAUGAGAAGUGCCCAUUUCUAGAAAAUUCUGGUUCAGAAGAGGAUGUUCUUCAAAUUCUACAGUACAUGGCCACCAUACUGGGAGUACCAUUCUUUGAGCUGCGUGAGCACUUUGGCGAGGAAUUUUUUGGCCUUUGCUUUGAAGAAAAUGAGCGUGUGCUCAGGGCUGUUGGUGGCAACCUCCAUGACUUUUUUAACGGCUUUGAUGCUAUUUUGGAACACAUACGCACCUCCACGGGUCGCCGUGCCUCAUCGGAAAGCCCUUCCUUUCAGUGUAAGGAUCCCCACGAGGAAGAGAAGGGCCGGAGAAAAUUGGACAAAGCUGGAGAGAAAGGAGCACAAGAUGGCCGAGGGAAGUUGCUACUCCUACAUUGUUUUAACCCUGCACCUGUGGUAGGAUUGGUCAUGCCUGGGCUAAUCAAAGCAGUUUCCAGACGAAUCUUUCAUUCAGAAGUGGAAGUAGAAGAAGUGUCCCCUCUGACUCCGUUAUUGCCUAAAGAAGAUGCAUGUCACAACUAUGGCGAUUCCACUACACCAACUCCAACUGGGUCCCCAUCCGCCUCCCCUUCCUACUCCCCCUCCCCACCCUCAACAUUCCCAACCACGGCUCCUACAGUAUAUAUAUCCUUCCAAAUCCAAGAAACUCGUCAGUCGUACCCCAUCCUAAAUGCUGCCCCCGUAUGUCCCAAAAAGUCCUCCUUCUCACUUUCUACCAACCCCAGUGAUUUACGCAUCGGCCUGGCCACAUUUUGCCGUGCCUUUCCAUUUCACCUUGUUCUCGGCCCUGGGAUGGAACUUCUGCAGCUUGGCGAGGGAUUCAGGAGGCAGGCUCGUAUCGAGCCACAUCGGAUUCUCUGGUUCAGCGACUGUUUUGAGAUUGUAUCACCUAAGAUGGAGCCUUCGUUCCAAGGGAUCCUACUGAGACUUGCAUCUCCUUUUACUAUCCGAACAAGACCUGACACCACGCAGUUGGGGACCAAGGAAAAGGUCAUGGAGUUGAAGGGUCAAAUGAUCCAUGUACCAGAAUCCUGUUCGCUGAUGUUUUUGGGCUCACCCCGUGUUGACAAAUUGGAGGAACUGAUGGGCCGGGGCCUCCACUUGUCAGACAUCCCAAUCCACGACGCCACACGGGAUGUCAUACUGGUGGGGGAGCAGGCCAAAGCUCAGGAUGGCCUCAAAAAGAGGAUGGACAAGCUCAAGGCGACAUUAGAGCGUACGCACCAGGCAUUGGAAGAGGAAAAGAGAAGAACUGUGGACCUGCUGUAUUCCAUAUUUCCAGGCGACGUGGCUCAAAAACUUUGGCAGGGUCAACCAGUGCCUGCUCGCAAGUUCGAUGACGUCACCAUGCUGUUCUCUGACAUUGUGGGCUUCACCGCUGUGUGUGCACAGUGCACGCCUAUGCAGGUCAUCUCCAUGCUGAAUGAGCUGUACACUCGCUUUGACUACCAGUGUGGCAUUCUAGAUGUUUAUAAGAUAGAGACCAUAGGUGACGCCUACUGCGUGGCAGGAGGUCUUCACAAAAAAGUCGACAGUCAUGCAAAGCCCAUCGCACAUAUGGCUCUGAAGAUGAUGGAACUUUCUGAAGAAGUCCUCACACCUGAUGGAAAGCCUAUUAAGCUGAGAAUCGGCAUCCAUACAGGCUCCGUCCUGGCUGGUGUGGUUGGAGUCAAAAUGCCUAGGUAUUGCCUAUUUGGAAACAAUGUGACGCUGGCUAGCAAGUUUGAAUCAGGGAGCCAUCCGAGGUGUAUCAAUGUCAGCCCCACAACCUACCAGUUGCUUAAAGAUGACCGUUCGUUUUCCUUCGUUCCUCGUACCCAACUAGAGCUCCCUGAGAAUUUCCCCAAAGAGAUUCCAGGAACCUGUUAUUUUCUGGAAGCGGGAACGUCUCACAGCCAUGCAUCAUUGACCAGCUCUCGCUCUGCGCCCCCGGCCUCUAUGAGGAAGGUGUCCUACAGCAUUGGUACCAUGUUUCUAAGAGAAACAAGUUUGUAG